AUGUGUACCAAUGUCCCCGGAUUAGGAGCAGGCAAAUGCGACAGUGGCAAAGUCCCCAGAGUUAACUGCUCCGAUGGAUUGGAUCUGUGUAUGAGCUUGAAAGGGAAAAUGACGGUUCUUGGCUUUACUCAGAGCAUCGAACUAAAGAACUGUUCCAACAACGUUCUGUGUGACUCGGCCAGCGACUACAACGGUACGAACGUAACAGCAAAGAAUUUGCCCCCCCCCCCUCGCCGCCCCCUCCCCUCUCCGACGAGGGAGACUCCCAUAUAAAUUACACGUUGGGGAUGCUGGGCGUUUGGUGUAAAUGUUCAGAGUUUGGUCUCGGUUAGUGUGAAUUUUGAUGACGUAAAUGCUAUUUUUUUUGCCCAUACAGAUCUAGCUUAUGGUAGUUACAUAAAAAUGAUGAAAAAAAUACACAAAGAAAAAUGAAGACACCGUCAUGCUGUAUCGAAGACAGCAUCAAUUUCAACAUCUUUCUUGCAGUUAAGUUUUACUUCAGCUGUUAACUGGUUCGGGAAUUUGGUUUCCUGUAUUGAUACAACAAUUCCUAGAUUGGUCUCUGUUAAAUAUAUAAGGGUUACAGUAAGGCAAGGUCAAGUGUAUACAUUCCAUUAACGAAUCGAUUAUUUGAAAAAAUGAAUCAGGUAGUCGUUGCCGCAACUACUAUCAAUUUCAAAUCUGAAUUCCUGCAUGCGUAAUGAGCAGUAAACUUUUUAUUCUCUGUAUUUGGUCAGAUUGAAAAUCUUUGAAUGGAUAAAAUUGCUUUAAAGACAUUUACAUCAAACUCCUGCAAACCAAACCGGAGGAAAUUUCAUAACUACCUCGCGUGUCAGUUCACUGCAUGUUUGAAUGCAGGGAUGAAUCUGAAAUCUACUACCUACAAAUUAACGGAUUCAAUUUUUGAAUAAUGAAAUCAUAAAUAGAUCUUGGGGGGUACGCUAGACUUUGAAUUGCUUGACUGUAAAUUCUAAUUUUCCGAGGAGGAUCCUCAUACUUCCCACAUAGGAGUCACCUCCUUUAUUUCAGCAGAGUUACUCCUAUCCUUCUUUUUCAGCGUGCAAGCUCCUUAACCAGACGGGCUAUCUUACUUCAUGUUCGCUGAACUGUACCACACCGGAUACCACACCGGAUGCCUUACCGGCCACCGGUGGAGUGAAAAAACUGGGGCCAAGGGCAUUCUUUGGCGCCAUGUUUUUGUUGGCCUUAAUUCCCAGUGUUUUCUAA